AUGAUGAUGAUGAAGACGCCCCGUGGCGCUGCCUGGCAUCACCUGCUCCUAGUGAUCGUCGCUCUGUCGGCGGUGCAGGCUGUACUCUCGCCCCCGCCCGGCUACGAUGACGACAACUCACCGCUGCAGCUGCGCCUGGAGGAUCUGGAGCGGGAACGUGAGCGAGAGCGUGAACUGAACCAGGAUCUGGAGCAGCAUUUUGAUGUGAAUCGGCCGCCGCUGCUGCCCAAUCAUUACGAGUGGCGGCCGGGCGUGGCGGCCAGCCUGCCGCCCAGCUAUGUGCAGGAUGCCGCCCAGCGGGAGCGUCGACUGGAGGAGCUGCGUCAGCUGCAGCGACAGCACCAGCAGCUGAGUGCGGGCUACGCAUUCCCCGCCCACCUGCCGCCGAGCGUCUUCUAUGUAACGGGACCGGCAUCGGCAUCGACAGCAGAAAUAACUGCAACCUCUGCCAGACUCCUGAAACCCAUUGUGCCCUAUGAUCUCGAUCUGCAGCUAAAUGGCAUUCAGUAUCUGGGGAGCAAUGACCUGCCACAGCCACUGCAGCGACCUCAGCACCAGCACCAGCACCAGCUGCAGCUGCAGCUCCAGCUACAGCGGCCACCCUUUGUCUAUGGCUAUACGCAGCCGCCGCCCAGGCUGUACGCCGCCCGACCACCGCCACCGCCACCGCCAGGACUAGGAUUUCAGCAAUCGAAGCAGUUCGCCUAUGCACCGGCCCCGCAACGCGGCUACGCCGCUGGCCAUCGCAUACCCCUGCCCUAUCCGCCGAGCUUCAUCAGCAUCACAACGCGACGGCCCUCGGGCGGCUAUGGGGCCAGCCAUCAGAAGCCGUUCCGCCCCUCGCAGCCGGACCCCACGCCGGAUCUGUUCGCCGGACGUGCGUCCAAGUCGCUGCUGGACUCGUACAUACCCAGCUGGGAGGUGUUGCGGCUGCUACAGCAGACCCAGCCACAGCCACAGUCACAGUCGCAUCCGUACAGCAGUCAUGGUCCAGUGCAGCGGCACACACUGGCCUACCCCGUCACCCGACCGUUGAGACUGGUCAAGCGGGGCUCCGAGAGGGAGACCGUGAAGAAGUCGCUUCAAGCGAAUGUUUAGCUUACAUUUGUCUCUGUAUGUGUGUGUGUUAUGUGUGUGUGUUUGCGUGCGUGUGUGUGUGUUUUUUUUUUGCCUGUUUACGAUUAUUUA